UUUAGACUCCUAAAGCAAUUUUCAAAACACCUUGGCCCUCGCGUCGCAGGUUCUCACCCCUUUCGAGUUGUUUUUGUCUUCACUCUUCACGUGAACCCUUUUCUCUCCUCCCUCCUUCUCUCUUCACUCUUCAGAUCAAAAAAAUCGCUUGUUUCGUCUUUCUUUUGUUGAUGAAUAUUGUUAUGCUUUCUCUCUUCCUCAAUGCCUCAACCACCCUCACCCCUUUCCUCCGCUGUCUUUUUCCUACUCCUAGUGUUUUCUCUGAAUGCCAUUUUAGCUGGUGGUCAAGCUUGUGCUUUCAAACCUGAAGCAUUUUCCAGAUCUUCUUGUCCUCCAUUCCCAUCUGCUCCUCCUUUUCCCUUCUCUAUAUCGCCCGGUUGUGGUCACCCUUCCUUCCAACUGAAAUGCUCUUCCCCUUACUCCAUCAUCUCCAUUAACAAUCUUUCUUUCUAUCUCAUACGCUUCGAACCUAACUCUUCUUCUCUCACUCUCUCUCCCCAAACCCACUCCUUUACACCCACCAAAACAUCGACUCAAACCAACUGUUCUUCUCUUUCCAUUCCUGCCCAAUCCAUCAAUCUCUCUGGUUCGCCAUUUCGAUUUUCUGACUCUGACUGCGCUCGCCUCUCUGUUGUUCGCUCUUGUUCCUUCCCAAAUCUCCCCAAUUGCAGUCAUUGUCCCUGGGAAUGCAAGCUCAUCAAGAACCCCGCUCAACUCCUCCAUGGUUGUGGAUCUACUCACCGCCCUCUCUCCGGGCAGGGCUGUCAAUAUGACAUUCUAGGCUUUCUUGACAAGUUGUUAACGAUUGGUCUCCAGGUUGAGUAUGAUGAAUUUCAAGAUUCUUACUUCUCAAACUGCAGAGACUGCAAAUCCAAGAAUGGAGUUUGCGGCUUCAAUUCGUCAGACCCAGAAAAGCGAUUCCUCUGUUUUCAGCCUAGAUCUCGCUUCUCACCUCCUUGGAUUCGCGAAGAUGAUGCUAAUCGAAUUGCCAUUUUGUGUUCAAUCUUCACAGUACUGUGUUUACUACUCGUCAUUUUGGUUGUUGCAGCGAUUUACAGGUCCAGGCGCUUGAGAUCGUUAGCAACACAAGAAGACCCAACAACACUAUUCCUUCACCGCUACCGCUCUGCUAGUCUGCUUCCUCCCGUAUUCACCUACGAGGAGCUGGAAUCCUCCACCAACCGCUUCGACCCAAAGCGCAAAAUUGGUGAUGGUGGUUUCGGGUCCGUAUUCUUGGGCCAUCUCUACGAUGGUCGAAUCGUUGCUGUUAAAUACCUGCACAAACAACACAAUGCCGCCGCCGCUAGCAGAGCAUUCUCUACCAAGUCAUUCUGCAAUGAAAUCCUGAUAUUAUCUUCAAUAGAUCACCCAAAUCUCGUUAAGCUUCACGGAUACUGCAGCGACCCGAGAGGGUUACUUCUAGUAUACGACUAUGUCCCUAAUGGCACUCUAGCCGACCACCUCCAUGGCCCGAAGAGCUUGCGCCGCAAAGCGUCUUUAACAUGGCAAGUGAGGAUUGAUAUUGCAUUGCAAACGGCUCUAGCUCUGGAGUACUUGCAUUUCGCGGUUCAGCCGGCGGUUGUUCACAGAGAUAUAACAUCGUCAAACAUUUUUGUUGAGAAAGAUAUGAGAAUCAAAGUCGGGGACUUUGGACUCUCAAGGCUCCUGGUUUUCCCGGAAACGUCAUCGUCUUCAUCUGGGUAUGUAUGGACCGGACCUCAGGGCACGCCCGGGUACUUGGACCCGGAUUACCACCGGUCCUUCAGGUUGACAGAGAAGAGCGACGUGUACAGUUUCGGAGUGGUGUUAUUAGAGCUAAUUUCAGGGUUGAAAGCGGUGGAUCAGAGCAGAGACAAGAGAGAAAUGGCGUUGGCUGAUCUAGUAGUAUCCAAGAUCCAAAUGGGUCAGCUCCAUCAGGUAGUGGACCCAGUAUUGGCUGUGGAGGGGGAGGGGAAUGAGAGCGUAUAUGCGGUGGCGGAGCUGGCAUUCCGAUGCGUGGCGGCGGAUAAGGAUGAUAGGCCGGAUUCGAGGGAGGUGGUGGAGGAGCUGAAGCGGGUCCGGAGCCGCACGCGUGGGUUUGGCGGGUCAAAUGACUUGGGUGAGGUGGCAAAGGGGUGAUUUGUUGGUGAUUGAUUGAGUGGGUCAUGUUUUUGUUUGGAUGCAUAUAGAAGCUUUGAUAAAAAUAGAAUGUUUAUUACAUUUUUCAUGUCACAACACCCCAAUUUGACACUUUUUGGCGCUCUUAUUUUCAAAUUUAGGGUUUCGCUUUCUUAAAAUAGGGAAUAUAUUUUUAUUGUAAUGUAUAAUUAAAAAUCAAAUCUUGGUACCCACAUGAUUUCGCCCAUUCAAAAAAUUACUCAUCAUGUGGCUGUGGGUGGUAUUUAGGUUCUUAUAUUCAAUAUGGCAAGGGGUAUCUUUUAAAACGAGGGGGAAAUUUUACUUUCAUCUUGCAUUCCCUUCCCUACAUGAGGUUCAUUUGUCGCAUAUAAUCGUUUACAACCAGAUAUGAGAGAAUAAUUUCAGAGUUGUCA